AGUGAUUACUUGCUCUGCUCUGUGGUAUAUACGUAAUAAUACCUACUGGUGGGAAUUAAAUUAAUUUAUGUUUGUUCGUGAUUCGGCGUGGUGAACUGCGAAGAAGACCCUUUUGUUUUAAGGAUAAUAAAAUUUCAUUUAUUUAUAUAUUGCUGUAGUUCAAAAGCGCCAUCAGGUUAUUAUGUUACUCAACAAAACCAGACUGGUGGGUUUUACGAAUCGAUCCCGCAAGAGCAAUAUGGAAGGUAACUCCACGUCGGACAUUGUGAUUUUGACGGGCAAUUCACACCCGGAAUUGGCAGACUUAAUCGCCAACCGUCUUGGUGUACGUAAAGGAGGAUGCUCUGUUUAUCACAAAACCAACCGGGAAACUGUCGUAGAAAUUGCAGAUUCUAUUCGUGGGAAAAAUAUAUAUAUUGUUCAAACUGGUACAAAAGAUGUUAACAACAAUAUAAUGGAACUGCUAAUCAUGGCCUAUGCUUGCAAGACGUCUUCAGCUCGAUCAAUUGUAGGAGUGAUACCAUAUCUGCCAUACAGUAAACAAUGCAAAAUGAGGAAACGAGGCUCGAUUGUCACAAAAUUAUUGGCUAAAAUGAUGUGCAAAUCAGGGCUGUCACAUAUUAUUACAAUGGAUCUUCAUCAAAAAGAAAUACAGGGAUUUUACGACUGUCCAGUUGAUAACCUACGUGCCUCUCCUUUCUUGCUUCAAUAUAUUCAAGAGAGUAUUCCUGAUUAUCGCAACUCGGUGAUUGUGGCGCGUAAUCCUGGUUCUGCUAAGAAGGCGACGUCGUACGCAGAACGUCUCAGGCUCGCCAUUGCGGUUAUACACGGGGAGCAGAAAGAAGCUGAAAGUGAUGAGGUUGAUGGGCGGUAUUCACCACCCUGUAUACCGAGUGUCGAUAGAUCACGAACAAUGGACGUGUCUGUUGGAGUGCCAGUACAUCCAGCUAAAGAGAAACCGCCAAUUAAUGUGGUCGGUGAUGUUGGAGGAAGGAUAGCCAUCAUGGUGGAUGAUAUGAUUGACGACGUGCAGUCCUUCGUCGCAGCAGCAGAAGUUUUGAAAGAAUGUGGUGCGUACAAGAUAUAUGUACUCGCAACUCAUGGCCUCCUUUCGUCGGACGCGCCUACCCUGAUAGAGGAUUCGCCCAUUGACGAAGUAGUGGUCACCAAUACUGUCCCGCAUGAACUACAGAAAAUGAAGUGCAACAAGAUCAAGACAAUCGACAUAUCUGUGCUGUUAAGUGAAGCAAUAAGGCGCAUUCACAACAAGGAAUCUAUGUCCUAUUUAUUCAAAAAUGUCACACUUGAAGAUUAGUUGUAAAAUAUAAUUUCCAUAUUAUUUAGUGUUAGUUGUUAUUAUAAGUAUUAUGAUCUUGUUAGUGUUUUAUAAUCGGGAGGUUUAUUAAUAUUGUGCAAAUUAUUCUUUUUAUAUUUCUGUAUAAGAGAUGGUAUUUUUGUAGCAAGUAUUAUCAACAUAGCACCAAUACAUUUAGUGAUGAAUGUGAGUAGAAAUAUCUCAGUGAUUAUAAAGUUCUAAGCAAGGCCUCGCUUGUAAUUCCUUAGAAUUGAGUUAGUUUCUUGUAUUAUUCCUUAUUGUAGUUGGAUUAAUCUGUUAUUGUUUAAUUUUUAUUAACUUGCAUUAUGAUUACUAUUUUAUAGUUAUAAUAAAAUUCCUUUCAUGCAUUUAAUUAUUGUCAAAAAAUGAAGGAUCCCAGUAAAAUUUUUCAAAUUGUUAUUUCUAAUUAUAUCAAUUAUGUUAUACUUUCGAUUUUCCACCGACAUAAAAUGUGGUGGAGCCAAACACUCAGUGUUAUGAUUAAAUCACAAUAAAGACGGUAAUAUCACUCUACCCCUCUGAGUGUUGAUUAUGAAUUUAAUGAUUUUAUUGUUUGCAUGAUGUUAUAUAUUUUAAGCUUUUGUGAAUAACGUGUACUGUAUAUACGAUCCACCGGUCGGUCCGAAAAUAAGGCCUGCGUCUACGACAUAUUUAUAAAUGUUUUUUUAUUGCGACGUAGUUGUUUUUGCAAUAUGCACACCCUAUAUGUCGUAUAAUAUUUAUAGAAACGUCAACUGUGUAUUUAAAUUUUAACAAAUAAAACUCUUUGUGGA